AUGUGCAUCUUCCAAGAGCUGCAGUUCCACUGCGGCUGCACCAUCCUCCAAAUCUCCCGCCCCUGUCCCCAAGCCUCCACCAAUGCGCAGAACGAACUCUUCUGCCCUGCUGACCUCCACCCGCACCUCAACGAUCCUCCCUCCCAAAGACGCUCAACACGCAUCUUCGACCCCAAAACCUAUUGCCCGGGCGUGUGCGCGUUCAUCCACUGCCGCUGGAAGUACGCCGUGCAGCCUGAAGGGGAAUUUGAGUCUCCUGACGAACCGUACGACCAGCCUAGAAACUCUUUCGAUAUGGCUGACGACGCGUGCCAGGGUCGUGAACGCGCUUACUUCCGCCUACUUACUGCCGAGCAGAGGGAGGCGCUGUACGUUGAUUUCCCUUAUCCGCGGAGCGCGCAGGUUGAGAGCAUGAGUGCGUUCGCGCAGGCUUACCUUUGCGAUGAUGAGGAGCAUGCGAAACGCGUCCUCGCUGAUGGAAGAGUGCUAGAUCCCGAGGAGGUUCAUUGGACAGAGCUGAAUCCGCGCUUCUUCUCGCCUGCGCAACUCUCGCUCGUCACGGGGUUGUUGCUCCCGGCUAGUGUGACGAUUCCGGCGAGGGAUAUGGAUGUGCGGGUUUGGGGUGCUUCGCCGCUCAUGCCGGUUGUGGGGCCUUUUGCGCUGAGGGGGGAGCAUGUUUGUUGGCCUGUUCCGGGGGUUUGUGGGGUUUGUGGACGGAAUUGGGGGAGGGGGUUUGAGAUUGGGGAGGUUGGGGGGAGGGUUUGUGUUGUUGAGAAGGGGAGGGGGAUGGGUGGGGAUACGGUGAUGGAGGGGUGA